AUGGAGGAAGGAGGAUAUGCGUAUGAGGUUAACAAUGGACAACAACCGACGGUGAGUGAGUUCGGGAGGACUUCUUCGCCGCAGCUUCCGUCGUUGACUAAGUCGUCGUCCUACCGUGAAGGAAGCGGAGGAGGAGGAGGAGGAGGAGGAGGAGGAGGGAGUAAGGGUUUAUCACGACGGAGGUCAAUGAAGCCAAGUUUUGACGCGGAUAAUAACGAGCUCAUUACUUUACUCCAUGGCUCAGAUCCGGUGAAAAUUGAGCUCAAUAGGCUGGAGAACGAAGUCAGAGCACAUGCUGAGAUCAAGGCAUUGAGGUUGUCUGAACGGCAAAGAGAGAAGGCUGUUGAAGAGCUUACCGAAGAGUUGGGAAAGAUGUCGGAGAAGCUCAAACUAACUGAAAACCUUCUCCAGAGUAAAAAUCUUGAAGUCAAGAAAAUUAACGAAGAAAAAAGGGCUUCCAUGGCAGCUCAAUUUGCUGCAGAGGCCACUCUUAGAAGGGUUCAUGCUGCUCAAAAGGAUGACGAUAUGCCUCCUAUUGAAGCCAUUCUUGCCCCUUUAGAGGCUGAACUGAAAUUGGCGAGACAUGAAAUUGUUAAACUUCAAGACGAUAACAGAGCAUUGGACCGUCUAACUAAAUCGAAGGAAGCAGCUUUGCUGGAUGCUGAAAGAACUGUUGAGGUUGCUCUUGCCAAGGCUUCAAUGGUUGAUGAUCUCCAGAACAAGAACCAAGAGUUAAUGAAACAGAUAGAAAUUUGUCAGGAAGAGAACAGAAUACUGGACAGAUUGCACAGACAGAAGGUUGCAGAAGUUGAAAAGUUUACUCAGACCGUGCGGGAGCUAGAAGAAGCUGUUCUUGCUGGUGGUGCAGCUGCAAAUGCAGUGAGAGAUUACCAGAGGAAAUUCCAAGAAAUGAAUGAAGAGAGGAGGAUCCUUGAUAGGGAACUGGCCCGUGCAAAGGUGAGCGCAAGCAGGGUUGCAACUGUAGUGGCAAAUGAGUGGAAAGAUGGUAGCGACAAAGUGAUGCCUGUGAAGCAAUGGCUCGACGAACGGAGAUUUCUGCAGGGAGAAAUGCAACAACUACGUGACAAACUUGCCAUAGCUGAUCGUGCUGCAAAAUCUGAAGCUCAGCUGAAGGCAAGAAGAAUCUUUAGCUACGAUGCCAUAUCUUUACUCUACUUUGAGAAAUUUCAACUACGGCUUAGAGUCUUAGAAGAGAGUUUAAGAGGGCCUUCAAGCAACGGCAAUCGAGCAACACCUGAUGGAAGAAGUGUUAGCAACGGUCCUUCUCGAAGACAAUCCCUUGGCGGAGCUGAUGUUAUUCCGAAGCUGACAUCAAACGGAUUCUUCUCCAAGAGAACACCGAGUUCUCAGUUUAGAUCUUUGAAUGCUGGUGCAAGUACAGUGUUGAAGCACGCUAAAGGAACGUCCAGAUCGUUCGACGGAGGCAGCAGAUCUUUAGAUAGGAGUAAACUGCUAACAAACGAACAAGGGUCGAAGUUUCCAUCGAACCAAUCUUCUGAAGGAACCAGCGAAAGAGAGUCACCUGAUUCAUCAAAACAAGGAGAUUCAGAGAAGCCAGCAGGAACGAACAAUGAUAGUGUCCCAGGAGUGUUACAUGAUUUGCUUCAAAAGGAGGUGAUAACUUUAAGAAAAGCUUCUCAUGAUAAAGAUCAAAGCCUAAGAGAUAAGGACGAAGCUAUUGAGAUGUUGGCCAAGAAGGUGGAAACGCUAACAAAGGCGAUGGAAGUCGAGGCAAAGAAGAUGAGAAGAGAAGUGGCUGCAAUGGAGAAAGAAGUUUCAGCGAUGCGUGUGGAUAAUAAAGGAUCAGAUAGUAGAACGAGACGUGUCUCUACUACCAACUCAAAAGGAUCUUCAACAACUGCACAUUUGCUUUCUGGAAGAGGCUCAGGUCGCAUGGGGAUGACAAGGAGCACGCAGUAA